GGGCGGCGUUUUCGGUGCCCGCUGCGGUCUAGGUGGCGUUCCUGUUCGGCAACGAGCGGCCGUGCAGCCCCGGCGCCCGCGGGCAAUGGUGCGGUGGAGCGCGCGGACGCGGACGGCCCUGCGGCGGGCAUGAAGGAGGAUGGAAGGGCAGGACGAGGUGUCGGCGCGGGAGCAGCACUUCCACAGCCAAGUGCGAGAGUCCACGAUAUGUUUUCUUCUUUUUGCCAUUCUCUACGUUGUUUCCUACUUCAUCAUUACAAGAUACAAGAGAAAAUCAGAUGAACAAGAAGAUGAGGAUGCUGUAGUCAACAGGAUAUCGUUGUUUCUGAGCACCUUCACUCUAGCGGUUUCAGCUGGAGCUGUUUUGCUUUUACCCUUCUCAAUCAUCAGCAAUGAAAUCCUGCUUGCUUUUCCUCAAAACUACUACAUUCAGUGGCUAAAUGGUUCCUUGAUCCAUGGUUUGUGGAAUCUUGCUUCUUUAUUUUCCAACCUUUGUUUAUUCGUCUUGAUGCCCUUUGCCUUUUUCUUUCUGGAAUCAGAAGGUUUUGCGGGCCUGAAGAAGGGAAUCCGAGCCCGAGUUUUGGAAACUCUGGUCAUGUUGCUGCUUCUUGCAUUGCUGAUUCUUGGAAUGGUGUGGGUAGCUUCUGCCCUGAUUGACAGUGAUGCUGCCAGCAUGGAGUCUUUAUAUGAUCUCUGGGAGUUCUACUUGCCGUAUUUAUACUCCUGCAUUUCACUGAUGGGAUGCUUGCUACUUCUCUUAUGCACCCCAGUUGGCCUUUCCCGUAUGUUCACAGUGAUGGGUCAGUUGUUGGUGAAGCCAGCAAUUCUGGAAGACUUGGAUGAACAAAUUUAUAUGAUUACCCUAGAAGAAGAAGCACUCCAAAGAAGACUACAUGGGCUGUCCUCAUCAGUGGAAUACAACACAAGGGAAUUGGAGCAGGAACUUGAGAGUGUAAAGACCCUUAAGACAAAAUUAGAGAGGCGAAAAAAGGCUUCGGCGUGGGAGAGAAAUUUGGUGUAUCCUGCUGUUAUGGUUCUACUUCUUAUUGAAACAUCCAUUUCGGUCCUCUUGGUGGCGUGCAAUAUUCUUUGCCUGCUAGUUGAUGAGACUGCAAUGCCAAAGGGAACACGGGAGCCUGGGAUAGGAAGCGCCUCUCUCUCCACUUUUGGCUUUGUGGGAGCUGCACUUGAAAUCAUUCUGAUUUUCUAUCUCAUGGUGUCUUCUGUUGUUGGUUUCUAUAGCCUCAGAUUUUUUGGAAACUUUACACCAAAGAAGGAUGACACAACUAUGACAAAGAUCAUUGGGAACUGUGUGUCAAUCUUAGUCUUGAGCUCUGCUCUGCCUGUGAUGUCAAGAACACUGGGAAUUACUAGAUUCGAUCUACUUGGAGACUUUGGAAGAUUUAAUUGGCUGGGAAAUUUCUAUAUUGUAUUAUCCUACAAUUUACUCUUUGCCAUUGUGACAACAUUGUGUUUGGUCAGAAAAUUCACAUCAGCUGUACGAGAAGAACUUUUCAAGGCCCUAGGACUUCACAAACUUCACCUGAUGGAUACCUCAAGGGAUUCAGAAACUUCGAAGCCUUCUGCAAAUGGGCAUCAGAAAGCACUGUGAGAUCCGAUUGCUCAGUAGCAUUCUGCAGCCAAGUUCUGACAACUCCUGAUUCCUGACAUUCCGA